GAAAGAAACGCUUUGCUCGCUUUUUUUUUUCUUUUUUUUUCUUCUUCGUCUUCUCUCCCAUCUCUCUCUAUUGUUUGCUUCUCUGAGUCCAGAUUCUCCCUAUAUGUCUCUCUCUCUUUCUUCCUCCUUCGCCGUAUAGGUCAGUCACCGGAAAAAAAACUCAAACCGUCUCUAUUCGCCCCUUAAUAGUUUCCUUAAAACAUCCGGCGAAGUAUGCGCUUCUUUUGCCGUUAUCCUCCUCCAACUAGUUUUUCGAUCUGCAAUUUUUAUAGUCUAUUCCCAACCCUAAUCGGAGCUAAUCACACCUCUGCUCGUUUCUCUUCUCGUUAGUCCUCCUCCUCGGAUUUAGGGCUUCAUUUUAAUUUUAUUUUUUCUCUUUUCCUCCAAACUAACAAAACAAAUCAAAAACAAACCGAGAGCUAUUCUUUCGUUCUUUAAUUCUCUUCUUCUUCUUCUUCUUCUUCUUCUCUGUGUCUCUGUGUGUGUGUGUGUGUGUGAAUUUUAUUUUGUGAAGUAGUUUUUAUUUAUUUAUUUAGCUACUACGAUGGAGAAUUCCAUGGGGAAGCCAAGCUUCCUCCGGAAUAUAAUGGUUCGUGUGCUCCUCUUCGGUGUUCUUAUCAUCGUUGUUCGCUUUGCUUAUGUUGUCACCAUCACCGGCGAAUCAUGCAAUCGCGGCGAUUUCUGCUUCUUCUCUCUCCCCGACAACCUCAACUUUGUCAUCCCCGGUGCUUCCUCCGGCGCUUCUGCUAUCGACGCCGUCAGAUCUGCCUCCCCUGGCGAUGAUGAUCUUCACACCACCAGGGAUUGGAUCAGCUCCGUCCGCUUCUACUCCUCCAUCUUCCAGGAUCUGAUCGCCGACGGUUACCUCUCCCCGGAUUCCAAGACGCUUUGUGUUGAAACCGCGUUUGGCCAGGAGGUUCACUCCCUCAGAGAGAUUGGGGUCAAGAACUCCGUCGGCAUCUCUAAGAAAGCUUUUAGGCCGUUGGUGGUGAGAGGCGAGGGCCACGCUAUUCCUUUCGAGGAUAACGCUUUCGAUUUCGUCUUCUCCGGCGGUGGCCGCCUCGGAAAGUCGUUGAAGCAGUUGGAAUUCGCAGAUGAGAUUACUCGGACGCUGAAACCCCAAGGGUUUGCGGUGGUUCAUGUUGGAGCUACGGAUACGUACAGUUUCAAUUCAUUCCUUGAUUUGUUCAAUUCUUGCAGAUUGGUCAAGAUGCGUGAUAUUUAUGGUUUUGAUUCUUCAAUGCCUCAUAUCAGAGAGUUUGUUAUUCAGAAACACUCUGAUGUUAUUGAUGGUCAUCCUCACCGGACUGCUGACUCCGGUGGUAAGUGCUGGAUUCCUGGUUACAAAAGAGAUUUGAUUCGGGAUGCUGAGCCACUCAUUCAAGAGGAGCCUCUUAAGCCUUGGAUUACCCUUAAGAAGAACAUCAAGAAUAUUAAAUACGUGCCUUCCAUGGUAGAUAUACGUUUCAAGAGCAGAUACGUCUACGUUGAUGUUGGUGCUCGAAGUUAUGGUUCCAGUAUCGGGAGCUGGUUCAAGAAAGAGUACCCUAAGCAGAACAAGACUUUCGAUGUUUUCGCCAUUGAGGCUGACAAGGCCUUUCACCAAGAGUAUAAGAUUAAGAAAAAGGUGAACCUGUUGCCGUAUGCAGCAUGGGUGAAGAACGAGACAUUGUCGUUUGAGAUCAAUCACGAUCCCGGAAAGGAAGUGGAAGCUAAAGCCAAGGGCAGGGGAAUGGGCAGAAUCCAGCCGGUUAGAAAGUCUUCCUCCAGCUCAGGCGGUGACUUAGCUGGUGAGGUCAACUUGAUUCAAGGGUUUGAUUUUGCUGACUGGUUGAAGAACAAUGUCAGAGACAGGGACUUUGUUGUGAUGAAGAUGGAUGUUGAAGGAACCGAAUUCGACCUCAUCCCGAGGUUAAUCAAGACUGGAGCUAUUUGUCUAAUCGAUGAGCUCUUCCUUGAAUGCCAUUACAACAGGUGGCAGAGAUGCUGUCCGGGUCAAAGGAGCCAAAAGUACAACAAGACCUAUAACCAAUGCCUAGAGCUCUUUACUUCGCUCAGACAAAGAGGGGUGCUUGUCCAUCAAUGGUGGUAAUGCUUUUAGGACGCUGCAUAAUCUCUUUCUUUUUAUGCUCGGGUGAAUAUCGUUUCACCAAUCUAUAAAAAUGUACUUUACUUUCUUCUUCUAGAAAUAUAAAGCGGAUAUUGUAGGUUUCUAUUAAACAAAAUACACUCUUUCUGUGCUGGAAAUUCCCUUUACUCUAAGAAGUUUAGCUUGAAAUGGAAAUUUGAGUUUCUUUUA